AUGAAAUUGUUAAGAGACGUGGUGCGUAUUUUUAUUAUUGUAGUUGUGCAGAGUUACAUCGAAAGAGCCCUAUAUCCAUGUCAGAACAUGAUGCUAAAGAAGACCAACCAACCCUUGUUGAGUGCUAUUGAUAUUGAAAAUCUAGAGGAAUAUAGAAUGUUCUUAAAGAGAACAAAAACCUACUAUUUUUUUGGAACUGAUUUGGACUUUAGAGGAUGUAAGGUGAAGAGGAGUACUAGCCUAUUCGGCCACGAGAGUGAUAUAAACAUGCUCAAAUUUAUAAUAAAACAUAUAGAUCCGCUGCUAGCAAUAUUGUAUAGAUCCACAUACAUACAGGUAACAGGGCCCUACUCAAAACCAGGAAAUUAUAAUAGAAGAACCAAGAUUAGGGCGGAACGGGGAUACACGUUUCACGUCAAGGUGCCGGUCAUGACGACUUUAAAGACAGACAACACAGGCAACGGUUGGUAG